AUGGCAACUUUGCGUCAGUAUACCAGCCUCCGAGACACCGUGAGGGCGGACAUAGCCAGGUUCCACCCCUGCUCCGACAGCUCCUCGGGCAUAUCGACCCCGGAAGAGAAGGCAUCUGCCCUUAUCCCUGGGGUGCAAAUCUCUCGUCCAGACGAACAAGAUGGUUCUGUUACCUUUCUGGUUGGCUGGAAAGACGGUGACCUUCACAAUCCUCAGAACUGGAGCCGCCCCAAGAAAUGGUUUUGCACGGUAGCAACCUGUCUAAUCGCCUUGGCCAUCACCAUCCCCGGUACCAUAGACGCCCCAGUCUCCGAUGCCUUUAAUGAACACUAUGGCGUGGGUGCAAUUGCGGGGUCCAUGACCACUGGUAUGUAUCUAAUUGGUGUGGGCUUUGGCUCGCUGUUUGUCGGUCCUAUUUCGGAAACCUUUGGCCGCAAUUUUGUCUACUUCACCAAUUUGGCUAUUUUUAUGCUCUUCGUCAUGGGAAAGGCACUAGCUCCUAACUAUGGAGCUGCCAUUGUCUUUCGUUUCUUAACCGGUUUCUUUGGUGCCGCUCCGAUGACCGUUGCGGGUGGCACGGUGGGUGAUCUGUGGAACCCUCUCGAGCUCACGUUUAGCCUACCGUUUGUAACUUUGGCGUCGUACUCUGGGCCUAUCCUUGGUCCUAUAAUUGGCGCUUACAUUCCAGGAUCCACAUUCAAAUGGGUCGACUGGAUCUCCCUCAUCAUCGCCGGAGCAGUCUUCAUAUUUGUGGCCAUAUUUCAGCCGGAAACCUACGGCCCGUUGCUACUGCAAUGGAGAGCCAAACAUCUUCGAGAUCAGACAGGAGAUUCUCGCUACCAGGUCGAUGAGUAUGCAUCUGCUAGCUCUCUUGGUCGUCGUCUUCUUGUCAAUGUCUACCGUCCUUUUCAGAUGACCUAUACUGAGCCGAUCAUCCUGGUUUUCUCCUUCUACCUGGUCCUCUUAUACAUUGUAUUGUUCACCUUUCUGAAUGGAUUUCCCUUCAUCUUCACCAACACUUACGGCAUCUCCACCUCUCUCACCUACGUCAUCUUCGUGUCCAUGCUUGCGGGAGACGCCGUUGCCCUCGUGCUCAUACCGAUCCUCUAUCGUUGGACCAAGCAGGCGGCGGCUAAGGCUGCGGCCGAAGGAAAAGCCCUACAGGCGGAGGUAUCACUCUAUUGGGCAAUGGUUGGGGGCUCGAUUUUGAUGCCAAUCUCCUUGUUCUGGAUGGGAUGGACCUGCCAUGUAAGUCGUCACUGGCUCGUUCUGCGAAACCCCAACAUUACUGACAGAAGGACACAGCCCGGUGUCAGCAUCUGGUCACCAAUCAUCAGCACGUUCGUUUUCGGCUACUCUCUCGUCACCAUCUUCACGGCGACAUACCUCUACAUCUGUUUCGUGUACACGACCUAUGCCGGUUCCGCCCUCGCCUUCGUGUCGUUCAGCCGCUAUGUUAUCUCGGGCGCAUUACUGCCCGCAUCUGUGCCGAUGUACCAACAUAUGACUCCGCACUGGGUGCUCACCAUGGUGGGUAUCUUGGCUACCAUAAUGGCUCCUGUGCCAUUCUUACUCUACCGCUAUGGUCACCGAAUUCGGGCCAUGAGUAAGCACGUUCAGAAUAAGGCUUGA